UGAAUCCAGAAACACUGUCAAACAGACUUCACCCGCGGUUUUCUGCGUUAUGGACGACAAAGACGAAGAUAUAGAAACUCUUGACCCUAGUCUUCCUGAGGAGGGUCCGACUGCUCCACCUCCUGGAUGGCUGGACACGGUUUCAGGCUAUGAGGAAAACACAGGCGGAGACUGUCCUCCUCCUCCAGACUUUGUCCCAAAACCCGAAAAUGACAAGAAUGCCUCAGUUCCAAAUGUCAUGGUGUCCAGUGUCUCAGAGGAUACUGCGAGAGAUGCUCUUCUCCAGUUUGUUGGUAAAAAAUGGACGUACAGCAGCAAGCCUGCCAAAAAUCUGAUCUUCAAAGAGCUGAAGCCUUUUACAGUUUACCGUUACCGCUUGGAAACAUUUACAGAGUCCAGAUCGAGUGCGUGGGAAUCAGAGCCACACACAGGUCAAUAUGUGGACGGGCCUCAGAAUGGAGUAAGUCCAUUACCAUGGCACAUCCAGGUCUCUUACCCACCCAAAUUCACUGACUCCAUUCAGAAAGUCAGAGUCCCACACUCUUCAUUCAUAAAGCCCUGCUACUGUUGUCAUGGUAAUGGCAGAGUGAGGUGUACACACUGCCGUGGACGAGGAAUGACCCGCUGUAUGUUCUGUCACGGAACUGGUCACGGUCGCAACCGAAGGUGCACAAACUGCCAUGGACGGGGUAGAAAAAGGUGUUUGUCUUGUCAUGGAAAGGGUUGCAAAGACUGCCUCACGUGUAAUGGACAAAAAAAGCUUAUGCAUUUUAUACAGCUCACUGUUACCUGGAAGAAUCAGGUGUUUGAGUUUAUACCUGACCGAGUGCCUGAAUUUCCACUGAAGAAGUUUGAGAAGGUUUCUGGAGAAGCUUUCUUUGUUGAUGAAAACCUCCUGGUUUAUCCGAUACAGGGAUUUCCUGAUGACGACAUUUGCGAUGCCUCAAAAGGAGCGAUUCAAAAUCACCUGCUAAAAUAUUCUGCAGUAAGCCGAAUCCUGCAGCAGCGACAAACCAUCCAGCUGGUUCCUCUUACUCAUGUUUACUACGCUUACAGCGGAAAAGACUACGAUUACUUUGUUUUCGGCCGAGAAAACAAGGUUCACACUACCAAAUACCCUUCUUCCUGCAACAUUUUAUAAAAGCUGUAUUUUUGUGUACUGAACAAAAUAAUCUUGCAUUUAUUCAUACAAUUUUUAAAAAAUCUGUAAAUUACACAAUUUACCAUUUACACAGUUUAUAUUGUAAUAUAUUGUGUUACAUGUUAAAUAUCUAAAUGCU